AUGUUUGACGCGGCCUCAUCAGCUCAGAACGCUCAGGGUAAUCCCUCACCUCAGUACCAGCAAGCCUACCUCUAUCAUCAGCAACAGCAACAGCAGCAGCAGGCUCAGCCGAUGAUGAGUACCAAGGCUACUGCUGGCAAUAGCAGUCCCAGCGAGGAAGCCACUACGUGUGCUCCCUCGGUCCACACUGAACCCUCCACACCGCCGAGCUCGUCUGCGGAUCCUCUCUCCCAGUUCGCCGCCACUGCUCCCGAAUACUCUGCCUAUGCUGCUCAGGCUGUGAGUAACUACGGCCGAGUUGGUCAUAAUGCCGCCAGCUAUGGUGGAUACGCUCCAGUUUAUAAUAACGGCCCUCAGUAUGACCAUACUUAUGCUGGUCAGAACGGCUCCUUCGGCAGCUACCCUGGUGCCUAUGGUGGAGCCUAUCCUGGCAUGUACAGCGGCUACUAUGGACAGUAUGAGGACCAGUUGGGAGCAAGCCUUAUCCCUAUCAACUGGCAGGACACUCAGCUCGUCGAACUGCGGAGAACUUCUAUGUUGAAGAUCCUCGUGUGCGGCUAUGACUCCUGA